AUGGACCACAUAGGGAUACUGGGCGCGCAUCUGCAGCAGCACACGCACGUGGAGCCCAUCAGCUUUGGCAUCGAUCAGAUCCUGAGUAACGUGGAGCAGAGUUGCAUGCUGGGAGCGAGGAUGCACGAGCCGGACUACGGACACGGGGCCUACAACAGCGGCACGAGCGGCGGCUGCUAUAGCUAUGGUAACAGCGGAUAUAACGGCUCCAGCAGCUCGUGCGGGAUGGCUUCCCUCAGCGGGGCUUAUCACGUCAACACUAACGGGAGCUCUGCGGGGGUCAUACGGGUCCCCGCUCACCGGCCUCUCAGCUGCGCGAGCUCUUCUGUGCCGCAGGUGAGCGGGAACAUCAACAACCUGAGCGCGCUCACCUUUCCCUGGAUGGAGAGCAACCGCCGGUACACGAAAGACCGGUUCACAGUGUCCGUCUCACCCCUCACUGUAACACGUCGUGUAGGUCAUCCGUACCAGAACAGGACGCCUCCUAAGAAGAAGAAGCCUCGGACGUCGUUCACUCGGCUGCAGAUCUGUGAGCUGGAGAAACGUUUCCACCGGCAGAAGUACCUGGCUUCAGCGGAGCGGGCCGCGCUGGCCAAAGCCCUGAAGAUGACUGAUGCUCAGGUCAAAACCUGGUUCCAGAAUAGACGCACCAAAUGGAGGCGGCAGACGGCGGAGGAGCGUGAGGCGGAGCGGCAACAGGCCAACCGGAUCCUCAUGCAGCUGCAGCAAGAGGCCUUCCAGAAGACCAUCAACCAACCGCUGACCCCGGACCCGCUAUGUCUGCAGAACAGCUCUCUGUUCGCCCUGCAGAACCUACAGCCGUGGACCGAGAACACCGCCAAGAUCAGCAACGUGUCGGCCUGCGAGUAG